ACGCAGGUCAGCUGCAGAGGGUGUUCACGAGCCGCAGGGGGAAGCAGUGAGAAACUGGACCUCAGCUUUAGUACAGAAGUUGUUCAGCAAUGCUGGAAGCCAUUCAAGUUACUGAGCAUCUCCACUGGGCUGAGAAGGACAUGGCUAAAAAGUGUGUACUGAGAGUCAUGGAGAAGCCUGUAAGCCAGGUGUAUGUGGGAUGCUGGUCUUCCAGUGUCCUAAAGAACCCGUUCUCCAGCAGCUUUGUCUUCCCCCAGAAAGAGGAAGAGACAGAGGGCAAGAGGCUCACGCACUCCCCUUACAGACAGUUUAUAAGAGCACAGCACAUCGUAUCUUCAUCUUCUCACCGAGACGCGAUGCCUCUGGUGCUGAUCGGAUCAGGAAAUCAGAGCUACGGAGAAAUCAGCCAAUCACAGCUUUUCCGUUGUUCUUUGCCAGGGAACAAUAUAAGCAUCACUGGCAGCCCCGUCUGCCUGUCUCCUCGUCCUAGUAGCGAGCUCAGCAGAGCUUCUCAAUCUCGUGUCAGACUCCCACAGCUGGCUAAAGGCAGUAAAGAUGGAGAAAACUCCACAAAAAAGCUUUGCAUACUCGCUGCCAUUAAACCUUCCAAUGUGGAAAGUGAGAAGGUCAAGUUCUUCAACUCAGAUUUCAGGUAUAAUCCACAGUUUGAGUACAGCAACCCAGCAUCACCACAGGUUCUGGAAAAACACAGCAAAGCUUCUGACCGCUUCCUUACACAGGCAGUACGCAUUAUGGAGGUGGCUCUGCACAAGUACGGAAGUUACGAGAAGUUUGAACAGGCCACCGGAGGAAGCUUGCUGACCAAGAGCCGAAUCUGGGCUCACGUCAAGAAGUACAUGGAGAAGGAAGGCUGUGUGGGAGAGAUAGUGGUGCACCUGACCAAUGACCUGCUCUCCAAAGCCUCCAUGACUGUGGUGAACCGCAGACCGACUCUCACCAUCAACAUCUCCAUGGCCAGGGAGCAGUGGCUCGAGGGCAUGCUGAGACAUGAGAUUGGUACACACUAUUUCCGCAGCAUCAAUAACAGCCAGCAGCCGUGGAGCAGAGGAGAAGCGCGGAAGAAGCUCGGUCUGAAGCCGAUCAACCCCACCGAGGAGGGCCUGGCCAGCAUCCACAGUGUGCUGUUCCGCAGAGACCCUCGGCUGUGGCGUGCUGCCCUGCUCUACUACACUGUCCACCAGGCGGCGCACAUGUCCUUCACGCAGCUCUUCCACGAGCUCGGGCACUUCGUCCACGAUCCCGGCACACGCUGGGACUACUGCGUACGAGCUAAACGUGGCCAGACCGACACAUCACAACCUGGCUGUUUUAAUAAGGACCAGGUUUACCUGGAUGGCAUCCUGAAGCUCCUCAGGCACAGAGAGAAGAUUGACUUCCAGCUCCUCACGGCACUUGGGAAGGUGUCCUACGAGGAUGUGGAGCGCCUGAAGAGCCUGGCUGUGAUGGAGAACGUGCGAAUCCCACACUUCCUACAGGAUCAGGAAUGUUAUACCGAGCAGCUCCAGAAGAUCAUGGCGGUCAACCAGCUGACUGAUGAAGAACUCCAAGGGCUCAUCUGAACAUGCCAACAAACCCCUGUGACCUCUGAUUGGCCCCCACACUGACCUGGCCUGAUCAUUCUGAAAAAGAUUCUGUGUGCUUGUCUGACCAACCCUGCCUCUCUAACCCAGCCUACGAGUGAUGCUCGUUAUACCCAAGUGUCCUUUUUUAAUCCAUUCAAAGAAAGUGUAUGUUUCUCAAAAUGUUAUGUUAAAGUUAAAGGAAGCAGGCUUUACCAGUAUGAACAGAAACACAACCCCAGAGCCACUUACCUGCUGUGAACACAAAUUAUAUAUUUCUUUUAAGAUCCAACCUUCUUAGGAGAAAUAUACUGUAUACCUGCCAAUGUGCCACUCUGCUCAUGCCAGUUUGUGGAUGUGUCCCAAGGAUACCUCUAUACAGCUAUUUCAGAAACAUCCCAAAAUAUCGUCUAGUCAGACCUUGUUUUCCAAUAUUUUUGCUCAUCUCGGUACUCUUUAAUACGGUUCUUGAAUCACAUUAACGGAUCACAAUACACAGAUUCACAAUUUUCUAGUUAUACUUCAAGAUCUUUUUUUUGCCAGCAUUAGUGUUUGAGACACACCAUGUAUUCCUCACAUACUGGAUUUAUCUUUUAUAUUACACAAUGUUUUUUUGUAGAUGUUCAUUUAUGUGACUUCUUUAAGUAUUAGACAUGAUGACUUGUACAUUAAUAUGUUUUUAGGUUUGCGUUUGUGGUAUUUGGCAUGAAAACACACCUUGCUGUCCGCCAGCUUCCUUCAUAAUGAUUAUUAUCCUACAAGAGUUUUUACCUCAGAUAUGUAAGGAACAUGUGUUUAUGAACGUGUUCAAAUCCUAAUAAAUUUACCUACUUAGUUCU